AUGCAAGGCUGUCAAUGUGGGGGAAACAAAGCCCAGGCAGCUGCUGUUGCGACUUCCACUGCUGCUGCAAUCCCUGCUGCUGCUGCAGCAAAUGCUACCACUUUCCUAAACCCCUGUCAGCACCAACUUUCUGUCAGGUACAGAACCAGUGAUGCAGCUCAUGCUGGUCCAGAUGAGGGCAAAAGCUUUGACCUUAAGAAUGUCUCCAGGGAUGAAAAGGAACCAGGCAAUCUUCCUGUGCCCACUGCUAUCGCACCAGUGGGCUCUAAUCCAAGCCCACUCCAGACUAUCAUGAGCACCACCUUGACUGACCCUCUAGCCACUGGUAAUCUCAAGCAGACUAAAGGGCCAACCAACAUAGCUCAUUUCUACCUGAUUGAUUCUGAUACUAAGGUCAAAACUUGUGCCCCUUGCAUGUAUAUGCAAGUUCAACAGCCAGUUCAGCUCCCUGUAACCACACUUUCAUUCACCACAUGGAACUUUAUCUGGAAGCAGCAGAGCAUUUUGGUUGGUGUAUAA